GACUUGUAGUUUGACGGCCCCCGCCCUGCCCAGGGCCGAGCCCGGCUCCGCCGCCCGAGGACUGCAGGUCCCAGGGAGCAGCGGGCGGGCGCGGUCAGGUGGCGCCCAACAUGGCUCCGCCGUGAGCCUGCUGCGGUGCGGGGCUGCUGCGGUGCGGGGCUGCGGCCGCCUGCGGGGCGGCGCCAUGCAGAAGAUCAAGUCGCUGAUGGCCCGGCAGGGUCUAAGAAGUCCUCAGGAGAGUGUCCAUGACCUCAGUCCUAUUGAAAACUUACGGAUUCCUAGUAAGGAGGAGCUCAGAGAAUCACGGGAAGAACCAACUGAUCCUCAAGCUCAGCAAGAAAUAAUUAAUAGUAUUGAAGAAGUUUAUUUUUCCAAUGAUUCCUUUGAUAUUGUGAAGUAUGAAUUAGAGAGGCUUCCUCCAGUACUUAGUCUUCAAGAACUGGAAGAGUACAGAGAUAAAUUAAAACAACAACAAGCUGCUGUAUCUAAGAAAGUUGCAGACUUGAUUCUUGAAAAACAGCCUGCAUAUGUUGAGGAACUUGAACGUGUUACAUCAUUACAGACUGGUCUUCAAUUAGCGGCUGUUAUUUGUGCAAACGGAAGAAGACACCUGAAUAUUGCAAAGGAGGGAUUCACACAAACUAGUUUGGGACUUCUUGCAAAUCAAAGGAAACGACAGUUGCUUAUUGGACUGCUAAAGUCUCUGAGAACAAUAAAAACACUGCAAAGAACUGAUGUACGCUUAAGUGAGAUGCUAGAGGAAGAGGACUAUCCAGGAGCUAUUCAGCUGUGCUUGGAAUGCCAGAAAGCUGCCAGCACUUUCAAACACUACAGUUGUAUAAGCGAGUUAAAUUCAAAACUGCAAGAUACUUUGGAACAAAUAGAGGAACAAUUGGAUGUAGCGCUCUCCAAGAUAUGCAAGAACUUCGAUAUAAGUCAUUACACAAAGGUUCAGCAAGCUUACAGGCUGCUUGGAAAAACACAGACAGCAAUGGACCAAUUACAUAUGCACUUCACUCAAGCCAUUCACAACACUGUGUUUCAAGUAGUUCUUGGAUAUGUGGAGCUGUGUGCAGGAAACACAGACACCAAGUUUCAGAAGUUACAGUACAAAGACCUCUGUACACAUAUUACAUCAGACAGCUACAUUCCAUGCCUUGCUGAUCUCUGUAAAGCCCUUUGGGAAGUUAUGCUCAGCUAUUACCGAACAAUGCAGUGGCAUGAGAAUCAUGAUCAAGAUGAGACAGCAACUGUAUCUUCCGUUUCAGAUGGCAGCAGUGUGAUUGGAACUGAGGAGAACAGUUUUGACCGCAGCUACAUAAAAAAGAAAUUGGAACAUGGGCUUUCACGAAUAUGGCAGGAUGUUCAACUGAAAGUGAAAACCUAUCUUUUGGGAACGGAUCUGUCUAACUUCAAAUAUGACGACUUCAUAUUUGUACUUGAUGUUAUCAGCAGGCUGAUGCAAGUUGGAGAAGAAUUUUGUGGCAGUAAGUCUGAAGUUUUGCAAGAAUCUAUCAGAAAACAAAGUGUUAACUAUUUCAAAACAUACCACAGAACCCGUCUUGAAGAAUUAAGAAUGUUUUUGGAGAAUGAGACCUGGGAACUUUGCCCUGUUAAAUCCAGCUUUAGUAUUUUGCAGCUUCAUGAAUUUAAGUUCAUGGAGCAGUCACGUUCCCCAUCUGUGUCACCUAGUAAGCAGCCUGCUUCAGCAAUUUCAACAGCAGUAACUUUAUUUGAGCAGUACUGUAAUGGAGGAAACCCAUUUGAAAUCCAGGCUGACAGCAAAGAUGAUGAGACAGAAGAUGUGUUAGCUUCCAAUGGGUAUGAAUCGGAUGAACAAGAAAAAAGUGCAUAUCAGGAGUAUGAUAGUGACAGUGAUGUUCCUGAAGAGUUGAAAAGAGACUAUGUAGAUGAGCAGACAGGAGAUGCCCCUAUGAAAAGUGUUUCUCGAGAAACUCUGAGGAGCAGAAAGAGAUCGGAUUAUAACCUCAAUAAAGUGAAUGCACCUAUCCUAACAAACACUACACUGAAUGUAGUAAGGCUUGUUGGUAAAUAUAUGCAGAUGAUGAAUAUUCUCAAACCAAUUGCGUUUGAUGUGAUCCACUUCAUGUCCCAGCUCUUCGACUACUAUCUGUAUGCAGUUUAUACGUUUUUUGGCCGAAAUGACACGUUUGAAUCAACAGGAUUGGGCCUCAGUAGCAGCAGAUUACGCACGACGCUGAAUAGAAUCCAGGAGAGCCUCAUUGAUCUGGAGGUCUCUGGUGAUCCCACAGGAACUCUCACAGCUGCUGAAGAGAGAAAGGAGAAGGUGCCAAGCCCACAUCUCAGUCAUCUAGUAGUUCUGACAUCUGGCAACUCACUGUAUGGUUUGGCAGAGAGAGUGGUAGCCACGGAAUCCUUGGUAUUUCUGGCUGAGCAGUUUGAGUUUCUUCAACCUCAUCUUGAUGCGGUGAUGCCAGCUGCCAAGAAGCCUUUUCUUCAGCAGUUCUAUUCUCAGACAGUGUCAACUGCCAGUGAACUACGCAAACCAGUUUAUUGGAUUGUUGCUGCUAAAGCCAUUGAUUAUGAACAGAUGCUGCUUCUCAUGACUAAUGUAAAAUGGGAUGUGAAGGAAAUCAUGUCACAACACAAUGUAUACGUAGAUGCUCUUUUAAAGGAAUUUGAAGAAUUUAACAGAAGGCUGAAUGAAGUAUCUAAGAGAGUUCGUAUUCCACUGCCGGUCUCAAAUAUCCUUUGGGAGCACUGCAUUCGCUUAGCUAAUAGAACUCUUGUGGAAGGUUAUGCUAAUGUAAAGAAAUGCAGCAAUGAAGGACGUGCCUUGAUGCAACUGGACUUUCAACAGUUCUUAAUGAAACUAGAAAAGUUAACAGACAUUAGGCCCAUUCCAGAUAAAGAAUUUGUGGAGACCUACAUUAAAGCAUACUACUUAACAGAAAAUGACAUGGAGCGCUGGAUAAAAGAGCACAGGGAAUAUUCCACUAAGCACUUGACAAAUCUGGUGAAUGUUUGUCUGGGAUCCCACAUCAACAAGAAGGCAAGACAGAAGCUGCUGGCUGCUAUUGAUGACAUAGACAGGCCUAAAAGAUAACUGGAGAGAGUUACUUCCCUUGUGACUUGUACCUUUUUCUGUUCAUGUGAAGCAUGCAGACAAAUCUCUCAUGGACUAAUGACAACAUUCUCUUAAAAAAACAUUGUGCAUGACCUUUCUUACCAGCAAUGGAGACUCUCUGAAUUGGCAUAAUGUUCUAAAAUAUGACUUUUAAACCUGUAGAAUCCUUUCUUUUUUUUUUUUUGGUUACUUGCCCCUAAGAAAGGGCUUCUCUUUGUGUAUCAUUGGUAAGUUGUAUAUUUUGCAAAACUGUAUACUGUAAGUAAAAUCAAAAUCAGAGAGAAACACAUUGGCUUAAUAUAUAGUUGAUGCUCCUUUUUUAAUAAAAGGGCUACUUGAAAAUAUGCUUUUUUCCCCUCACUGCUUCCCUCCUGAGAAUUUGUGCUUUAUUAUGGACCAGUGUAAAUGAAAGGAAAUGUAUGAUAUCUUUGAAUGACAUACCUUGCAUGUGGGUUAAGAGUACAGACCAAUUAAACGCUCUCAUGUUGAAGUCUCUCAUCAUCUUAUGUAUUUAAAAAUGUUUAUUUCAGAAUUAAUUUAGCCAUAUCAAAUGAUUGGUUUCAGAUUAAUGGAAGGUAAUAAAUACUGUACACUAAUAUGAGUUGUUUGUGAGACUUUAUUUGCCUAAUUCAACAACACAAAAUGUCACUUACAAUAGAAAUUAGUGUUGUUCCUCUCAUGUCACUUCCCUUAGUGCCCCUGCCAGUCUUUCAUGUUCCCAAAACAAUAAUGCCAGGGAAUAGGAAAAAUAAGUCGGGCUUUUUUUGGCUGAAGUUUUGGAUGGAUUAUCUUACUAUGUUCUGCUGUAGACCUGACCUGGAGUGAUCCUGAGCACAUCAAAAUUGUUUGGCUGGGUAUUUGUCCUAAAAAUCAACUUGUUAAAGCAUCACCGACUACUGAGGUUUUCAAUUUUUCUUUCAGCAGAGGGACCAGCAUUUUUGAGUAUAUUUUACUUUCUUGCAAUAUUGCUUGUACACAAGAUACCUGGAGACUGCUCAGAUACUGUCGUGGCAGAACCAGAAGGACUCCUGAAGUAGUUUGAACUAACUAAAAUAAAGACCUUGAUAUUCAUUAAGACUUUCCUAAUGCACUCAAAUUCUGGUCCAUCUUUUUGUUUUUCAGUACAAUGUUUUAGAUUUUUUUUAAUCACAUGAGAAUUUUGUUUGUAAUCCUCUCAGGCCUUU